ACAGGGGGGACGGAAUGACAGCAGCACGGGCCGGUGAAUGACUACUUUCUUUAUAAGCAACCACCCUGAGCCUGAAAUGGCAGUCUCUGGUCUCUGCUGCCUUGCUGUGGCCUCAGGAUGGAACUCUGCAGCAGACGGUACCGUCACUUAAUCUCUCUCCUUCUCUUCCUUCUAUGUCAUUCAGAAGCAGCCUGCCGCCCUUCUAGGAGAAGACCCUGCAAGAUGCAAGCUUUCAGAAUCUGGGAUAUUAACCAGAAGACCUUCUAUCUGAGGAAUAACCAACUCAUUGCUGGCUACUUACAAGGACCAAAUACUAAAUUAGAAGAGAAGAUAGACAUGGUGACUACCGACCUUCAAAAUGUGUUCUUGGGGAUCCACGGCGGGAAGCUGUGUCUGUCCUGUAUCAAGUCUGGAGACGACAUCAAGCUCCAGCUGGAGGAAGUUAACAUCACCGAUCUGAGCAUGAGCAAGGAGCAAGACAAGCGCUUCACCUUCAUCCGCUCCGAGAAAGGCCCCACCACCAGCUUUGAGUCAGCCGCCUGUCGAGGCUGGUUCCUCUGCACAGCACUAGAGGCUGACCGGCCGGUCAGCCUCACCAACACACCCGAAGAACCCCUUACAGUCACCAAGUUCUACUUCCAGGAGGACCAGUAGUGCUGCCCAGAUCUAGCCUCCUCCACUCCCAGGCCAUCGAUGACUCCACCAACUGUCUUCUUACUCUGGGCAUCGCUAGGGUCUGAAGAGCAACUUUUGCAGGCUGCAUGAUAGUAAGAUAUAGAAGAGUCCUGAUGCCAGAUUUCUGCCUCCACCCUGCUAGCUGACCCAACCCCCAUGAUGCUUUCAGGAUUAUCCUUCAGAUUGGAUCAUGGCAGGCCCUCGUUCGAAACCCUCUCUUGUUGCCUUUGCCCUCUGAGUGGAUCCUAGGCCGCUUGCUUGACCUAGGUGCCUUCUGCUCCCCACACUUUUCCCUUCUUCCAUUGUCCUACAUGUCCACAGCCCAGACCAAUCAAGUCCCUUAACAACACCCACGGCAUGACUCCCUUACCCUGUUGGAUAAGCCUGUGCUGGUCUAUGGAGAAGGUUUUAAUUCUCCUUGGUGUUCAUUUGGGUUUGGGUGCUUGGAAUGAAACCCACCAGGGCCUCGUGUAUGUGCCCUACCACCAGGCUAUGCUCCCAGCUCACAGAGAAGUUUGAAAGGAUCCAGAAAACAGAAAUUAAGGAUCUCCUGGUUAUUUUAUUAGACCAGCCUUAUUCCAUCUGGGGAGAGUCCUACUUUAAGAGGUAUCCUUUCUGAGAGGAGCUGGGGCUCAGCU